AUGUCUUCCCUAUCAGAACCAUUUCUUGCUCAAGUUGUUAAUUAUACAACUUCCAAUGCUGUUUGGAAUGCUUUGGAUGACACUUUCUCACCACGAUCUCGUGCACGCAUAUUGCAAAUUUGCACCCAACUCGCAACUGCAACCAAAGGCAGCAAGUCUGCCACUGACUAUUUUCACUUCAUCAAAAGGCUCGCUGAUGAAUUAACAGUUUCCAGACAACCAAUGACUCGUGAUGAUAUUAUAACAUAUGUUCUUGCAAGUCUCAGCCAUGAAUAUGACAGCUUUGUGGCCUCAAUCUCAGCACGCACAGAUAGUAUCACUCUCGAAGAAAUCUAUUCCCUGUUGCUGACCACUGAAGCUUGCCUUUCUCGGCAUCAACUCACUCCUACCAUUCAGCAACCUUCUGCAAAUGUUGCUCAGCGACAGUCACAACCUUUUCAACGAAAUGGACGGAGUGACUUUCGAGGAAGGGGGCAUGGUUAUUGUGGCGGCUAUAAUUCAACCAACCGAAACAAUGAUCAACCUCCUAUCAUUUGCCAAGUUUGUGGUAAAUUCAGACACUGCUAG